AUGCAGACGCCGAUGGCCGCGCGGGCGCGCUUCCUCUGGCAGCGCAACACCGUGCUCGGCUACUGCGUCGUGGGCAUGCUCGCCGUGUACGUGCUCGGGCUCUGCCUCGAGGCGACGGCGAGCGAGACCCUGUACAAGGACAUUGCGGCGCAGUCGAUCUCGGCCGACUCGCGCGACUUGUACCCGGACAAGUGCCAGAUCCAGAACUUUGACGCGCUCAAGCGCAUGUCGAUCGUGUACACGUGGGUCAACGGCAGCCAGCCAUGCUACCGCGAUAUCCGCAAGAAGCACGGCGGCGACAACGCGAUCGGCGGGUCGCGCGACCGCGAGAUUGGCGAGCUCAAGUUCUCGAUCCGGUCGCUCAUCAAGUUUAUGCCAUGGCACGAAGGCAACAUCUACAUCGUGUCGCCGGGGCACAUUCCGAGCUGGAUCAACCUCGACCACCCGCGCAUCAAGGUCGUCAACCAAGACGACUUGUUCCCAUCGUACGCCAAGCCGUUCCUGCCGUCCUUCAACACGCACGUCAUUGAGCAGUUCCUCUACCGCAUCCCGGGCCUCUCGGAUAUCUACAUGCAGAUCAACGACGACUACAUCUUCACCAAGCACAUUGCACCGCACGAGUUCUUUACGUGCGACGGUGGCAUCCGCCUCUUGCACGAACCCGGCCUCAUCUCGCACGAGCCGCCGACCGAGAAGAAGGGCAUCUGGGUCGCGUCGGUGCUCAACACGCAGCAAGAAAUGGACCUUCGCUGGGGCCAAGAAGAUCGGUACUUCAUCAAGCACGCGCCGUUCAUCUACAGCCGGCGCGCGUUCGAGCGUAUCCACCAGAUCUUUGACCGCCCCAUGUACAUGACGCUCAAGAGCAAGUUCCGGGGCAAGCCCGAUAUGAACAUCCCGCUACUGCAUCACUACUACAUGCAGGCCCAAGGCGCGCGGGAGCUCGGGAUCCCGAUUGAAGUACCGCCGCAGGAAGAGAUGACCGGGUACCAGCUCCUCAUGCUCGAGAACGGCAACAUCCCCAAGGUCAAGAGCAUCUUUGACGAGGUCAUUGCUGGCACGUACGACGCCAAGAUCCUCGCGCUCAACGACGAGUACAGCGACAUGGCGGUCGCCGAGAACGCGCGCUGGUUCUUCAACACGUUUCUGCCCGAGCCCAGUCCGUUCGAGGCCAAGGAGCCCAACAAGCACCUCUCCGUGUACAACACCAAGACGUGCCUCUACGACCCGGCGAUUUUGCCGCCCUUGGCCGAGGCGGUCGACCAAAGCACCAAGUUCAAGGUCAUCGUCCGCCACGAAGUGCGCUGGGUCGUCUUCCUCAACGCCGUUCUCAAGGGCUGUGGCUUUGGCUUUGGCCUCGUCCUCGUCUACGUCGUGUAUGCUGCGCUCUUUGACGCCAAGAAGCUCAAGUCGACGCCCGCCUACGACCGCGUCUAG